AUGGGCACUUCUGGCGUCGUCGAUGAUCAUCUCCACCAUGUUAUCACGAACUUCAAGCCAGGCGACCAUAUCAAAACAGUUCACAACGAGAGACUGUACCAAGAGAAUCAGAAGCUGCGAAACAUGAUACGUGAGCUUGCGGAGUACCAGCUUGCGAAUCCGAAGAUUGUAAAUCCGACCACCCGCGCAAAUAUCGAUCGGGAACGAGGGGUGGAGCUUGAGAUCGCGAAGAAAAAGAAGUUCAUCAGAGCUCAGCUCGCAGUUCUCAAGACUGCUUUCCGACAGAGUGUCAUGAAGGUGCGCGACGAGAAACGGAUGACGGCUGAGAGCAGGGACGUCAACGACUCCUUAGUCUUGAAGCUUCACAACCUCAAGUACGAGGCGGAAUCCCUGGACAAGGAAAUCUCCGCUGCGCGCAAUUACGACCACAAGUAUGCAAAACUUCCGCUCAUCCCAGUCGAAGAGUUCCUUGAGCAGUUCCCCGAUCGUAUGGGUGCUAGCGAGCAGGACCUUAUGACCGCGCGCAUCGAUCACGAAUACCAAGUCCGUGUCAAGCUGGAGGAACGUCGCCAAGAGAAACUUAAACAGAAGCAGCUGCUCAUAUCUGAGGUUAAGAAGAAGAAGGACGAACUUACUAAGCUGGACGAGAUGUUGGAGAAAUUCAUUGAGGCAGCUGAGCCAAUCCAGAAGGUGCUUGCAACUGAGUAG